AUGCCUCUUAAAAAGUAUUUCCCGUUUUCACCUCAGCAAGAAAUAAUGGCAGUGGAUAUGAGUUUAAGAGUCUGCGUGGUUAAAGUUUACCAGGAAAGUAGGGUAUCGACAAGGGUGGAAAUCAUAGCUAAUUUACCACACGUUUUAACAGUUAGCAUUUUGAGAUAGGAUCCCCCCCAAUCAAUAAUUCUUGGGUGCACCCUCCCAAAUUUAUACGUUGGCAUCGAGAUUUUUUGCGGCGGUGACGGCAAUGAAAAAAGAGAAAAAUAUAAGUAAAAGAGCAAAACUGUAACUCUGUAAGUGCAUCACACUUUUUGAUACAUUUCUUCGCUGUCGUUUUACGACUUGUGUGUUUCUAUAACAGGGCGUGGACACACGACACAAAUUUUUUUGUCUGUUUUAGCAUUAACAGCUAAUUAAAACAGAGUCCUGUACAAAACAAACAAACAAAUAAACAGAUACAAAGAAAAUCAAUACAGAAAGUAGCAGAUACCGCUUAUGUUUCCUUAAGACAGCUCCCUAAUAAAUUAUCAUUAGAACGCUGACAAAAUGGUGUCUUUUUUGAUUUGCAGUAGCCGUGGAAGGCCAGUCUUUGUGGUUUAGGAACCCUUAUUUCAUUUCAUACGAAGUUACUCAGGGAGAAAAUGUAGUAAUGGAUUGCGCAACCUUCCAGGAGGCAUAUCACACCGGACUUUUAUAUGAAUAUGGUCAAGUGCCGCCGUUUGAGCUUGUACCCGAUGGGAAAAAACUCAUGCGAGAAGACCAGAUCUUCACUAUAAAUAACGUUACCGCACGGGAUGAAGGGAUCUACUAUUGUGUAGCCAAAGACAAACAACUCGUGGAAUACAAGAGGAAAGCGGGAGAGAUUAUUUUUAUCUCUUGUAAGUGUAAAUUUCUUAUAUACUUCCAUGUAUACACUUUUAAAAAUGCCUUCCCUGGAACACAGAUAAAGGUAGAGGCUAGACUAUGACUCCCUCUAAAUAAUAAAUAAUAAUAAUAAUAAAUAAAAAUAAAUUAAUAAUAAUAAUAAUAAUAAUGAGUCUUUAUUUCACCAAAAGAUAAAACUACAUAUCUUAUGUUACAAUAAGAGAAGAUAAAAACUAUGAUAAAAAUAUCUACGUUAUAUGUAUAUAUUAAAAAAGCGUAUCAUUGCAAUAAAUGGAGCUUAAAAAUCAACCUAUUUACAAAGGUGUUCAUAAAACGCUCUGUAUUAAUUUUCGGGCGUACGCAGUCUUUUUUCCUAAGAUUAUGUACUUUCCGCCCGACCCUCCUAGAUUCUAAGGGAAUAGCCCUGGAGACCAGGUUGCCCCUUGUAUGGAGAGGUUAGGCAAGCUUAGUCUUAGCAAGACUCAGUUUUAACAGUCAGAAUGACAGUAAAUUAGGUGCUAUCAUCAACUGACUCAACACAAAGGGUUGAAAGAAACUGAAAAUGUCCACAUCAUACUACAAAAAGAACUUAACGAUACUUUCUGCACCCUACAAUCCCUACAAAAAUCCAAGAAUAGACCGUAAAAGAAGCAUAUAACCUUAUGCUUCUGAUCGUAAACGUGUUCGUAGUAUUUGCAUGACAAACUGGGAAUUUCGCCUUUGAAGCGACUUUGGAACGGCUUUUAUUCAAAAGCCGAACUUUUAAUGUACCGAACCUAAUGCAUAACUUAUUAUAACGUAUUUUGUAAGCUGUUUGAGCGAAAUUAGCAUUUUCCGCCUUUUGAACUUAGUUCAGCUGCAAUUAAGAUCGGUGUCUAAAUCAAUUCAGCCGGUCUAAAUAAUUUGGGUCGAAUUAGGUUCGGCUUAUGAAAAGUUUAGCGACAAUUUUAGCACGGUCAGUUGUAGUCAAUCAAUAAUUGAUUCGUUAUCCUUUUUCCUGUAGCGGAACCGGCAGCUGUAGAUUUUGAGAUUGAAAAGUCAGACGACUCUAUUAAGGAAGAGACAGUGGCAAUGAAACUGGCCGCGAGCAAGCCGUAUCUUUUCUUUAAACAAAAGUCUCCACUCCGCAUCAACAUGAAAAACCAAAAUCCCUUUGAACUGACUGUGUCAGCCAAAGGACUUCAACCAAUCAAAUUGCAGUGGAAAAAGGACGACCACGAGUUAAUGAUUGGAAGCAGGUACAAGACCUAUGACAGCGGUCGGCUUAUGACAGUGGACCCUCCAUUUACAAUGGAAGACGGUGGCACUUACAGUGUCUCAGCAUGCAAUUCUAAGGGCUGUACCGUCAAAGGUGUCCAGGUCAUGUUUUACGGUGAGUAUUGGAUUGCUUAAGAUUGCUUCAUAGUUUAAGGUUUAUCUGUCGGGAUUCUGUAGUCACCAGGGUACAGAGGGUAAUAAGGCUCUUUUCGUGUUACGUCAGGGAACUGUUUUUUCCUCUUUUCCUGUUCGCCCUAUAGGAACCGCAUCAACCUCGUCCCCAGGGCUUUUCCCUCAAAAAAUGCCCUGAGGACGAGGUUGGCGCCGCAUAGGCUUACUUUGUGGAAAGGGAGAAAGGGGGGAUUUCCUUUUCGCUUGCCAGACCUGUUUCUAACGUCAUGCUACUGCCCUGCUGAACUCAAUUCAUAAAUUGCUUGAAUAGGUUAGAAUACAUUCUAAAAGUUCACUAAAAUCGCUUUUUAUUUUAAAGUUUUGUUUUCCGCAACGGCUAUUUUUAUUCAACUAGUGAGUUAAAUUCGACCUCUGAAACCAAGUCUUGUUACGGUCGUGCUAGAACCGGGCUAAAAUCGAGGCAGUUUAGAUCAGCAGAAGCACGACGUUUGAAACAGGCGUUUCUCCCCUUCUUAUUCCCCAUGGCUACCUAAAAAGUUUGUAAAAGACCAAUAUAGACCAAAAAUAAGAUAUAGAAAUAGAAAUAGGAUAGCUGAAAAACAGUGAAAUUACCUACUUCUUUCAAAUGAAUUUUUCCAAACGAUCGCGAAAUGCGGUGUUUUCCCUGAUUUUGCUAAGAAGCCGUGGAUGCCGUAACUGUUGCCUGAAGAACACUCUUUUAAGACCAACAAAGAUAAUUACCUAACCAUGCUGAUCAAUAAACCAGUAAUUUAAUCACCCGCGUGAAAACGAUUUGGGAGACGAACUAGGGUUGAUUUGGGAAACUAUGCGUACCCCUGGGAAAUUUCUAGCCAUGCCCGAGGGGGAGCGCGGUUGUACGAAGGCCGAUUAGCGCUAACAUGAGUUAUGUUUUACUAAUAUAUAAAAUAUCAGCAAGUCUAGAGCGACAAACCAAUGAGUGGUGCCGGAUCUCCCAGUUGUAGACCUGUAUCAGUACAAUAACAACUUGUAGAGAAAUAUGAACGGCAAACUGAUCCUUAUGGCAAGGCGAUGAAGAAGUUAACAAAAGAAUAAAACAAAAAUAUAUAUUUAAUCCACUGGCGGAUCCAGACCUUCAGAUAAGGGAGGGGUCCGGUCAUCCAGACCCUGAGAUAAGGGAAGGGGGGGGGCGUUCUCCGAAACAAUUUUUUCGGCCCGUGUGGCCUCAGUUUUGUCUAACAAUAAAGGGGGGCGGGGGGGCCGCCCCCCCCACCCCCGGGCCUCUCCCCUGGAUCUGCCACUGUAAUCCGGGUUUCAUUUCACGUUUGAAUUUCGCACCAACAUUGGGUUGCUUAUCCAAACUUUGUCUAACAUAGCCCUGGGCUAUUAGGGACAGCAGCAAAAUCCCUAGCAGACACUUUAAUGACUUGAACUUCCCCCGGAGAACUUCCACUUGUAGGGACUACGAACAUAUAAUUCUCUUAUUUGCAGUGAUACAGAAUAACACCCAGAUGGUUCAAGAUGAUUCGGAAGAAAGCGUAGAACCGGAGAAAGGUAUUUUCCAGCUGUUAUUUGCCCCUUUGUGCUACCGAUCUUAGUAAAAGCAAUGAAAUUACUUACCGUAUUUAUUCGAUUAACUGCCAUGAGCGCUUGUUAAAUUUUUGGACCUUGAUAGUAGGCGCUUAUUUGAGGCUGGGCGCUUAAUAAAUUUUAACCAUUCUCAAAAGUUUAGUAUGUUUAUUUUGCAACAAAAUAAUAAAUGGUAACAACAAAAAGCGAAGAUGUAACAAAGCAAGGUUUCUGUAAAAUACUCUGAAGAAAACUCCGUCUUCGGGAGGGUCUCUUAUUAUCUCUUACUCGAGUUUUUGUGGGAGGGAGUGUGGUGGGGUGGGCGCUUAUUCGAGGCUGGGCGCUUAUUAACUUUUUCUGCCUUUAGGAUGGGCGCUUAUUCGAGGUGGGCGCUAAUUCGAGGUUGGCGCUUAAACGAGUAAAUACGGUAAAUGACAAAAGGGUGCACGGGUGGGUCCAGAAAGUUUCUACUCGUCUUAUUUUGCCGCUUCAUUACAAAUUGUCACGUGAGCCGGCAUACCACUGUUCCCCACUAUGGGGUCUUGUUCUAACUAAGAUUUCCCCAUAGUGGUUCUUAGUAAAAUUCUUUACUAUUUUUACUAAGAUUCCAGAAGUGAUUUUUAACCAAGAAUCUUUGUAAGAAUCACUAUGGGAAUCUUAGUAAGAAUAGAUAAGAGUCUUACUAAUUAUGACUAUGGGAAUUUUAGUGAGAAUUUGGUGAAAAUCACUAUGGAAAUCUUAGUAAGAAACGUAGACUUGCUACAAGUCGACCUCUUGGCGAGCGGAGCGAGCCUUGUUUGGCCGCGAAGCGGCCGACCGCGAGCGACGAAGUCGCGAGAGGUACCUAUCUCUGUGCGCUCGAUAAACAUUUAAUGGCGGAUCCUAUGCCAGCCACGAUAGAAUCGGGUAAAUCCCCACAAUUUAUAAUAUUACGAUGAAAUCCGACGAAGGACUUUUGGAAAGUCUAAAAGAAAAGGUAAGAAUCUUUGUAAGAAUAACUAUGGGAAUCUCAGUAAGAAUAGGUGACAAUCUUAGUUCGUUAAUCUUCCCGUGCGCAUAUCUUGCCAAUCUCACGCUACGCUCCUGCUUAGUACUAACAAAGUACUUGGUUGUUUAAUUCAUGAUAUACAGGGUUGAUGGAUACAGUGUCAAGGGGUUCGGAUAUACAGACCCCCUAGACCCGUGGCCAGUGAUUGCUUCCGUUGGCCAAACAAAUAGGUCUCCCGAGUAUUAUACUAUACAAUUGCAAAGGACAGAGAUGAACUUUGAAAAAGUGUUAGGGCGAACUGUUCUCAGAGACCCUAAUUACUGAAUCCGUUUCCUGAAUCCGGCGUCUCAGUUGGCCAUUCGUGCCUUCACUUGUAUUUCCUAUUUUUGUGGAAAUAUUUCUUCGUCGUUUCAGUUAUUUACUUAAUGUCUUAAUCAUUUUGGACAUUAGUUCCCGGUGGAUGAAUUUGACUGAAUUACAUGACAAAGCUACAAUUAUCUUUAGUUGAAUGCGGAAGCUAUAAACUUGUUUUUUUUUUUCUUUCUUCCGGCAGGCGAAGGAUUCAUUGGAAAUUUUUUGAAGAAAUAUGGACUCUUGGGAAUCCCUUUGGGGAUUGCCAUUAUUCUCGUCAUUGCUAUUUCUUGUGUAUCAGGGGAAAAAGAAGUCGAGAAAGCUCCUCUUGAGUAA